AUGGUCUACACAGGCAAGCCAAGCCGUGGAUGCGGCAUAUGCAAGAGCCGCAGGAUUAAGUGCGACGAAAAGCGACCAACGUGUGGGAAUUGCAAGAAAUCUGGGCGCGACUGCCCGGGCUAUCCAGACGAGUUUGAUCUAGUCUUCAGAGACGAGAACAAGGCUAUGGCGAGAAAAGCAAGAAAGACCUCCGGCCCAACGCCUGCAAGAAGUAGUCCCAGUGGCUCGAGCUCGCAACCUUCUCCUAAUCAACCUGCCUUCCUCACAUUCGAAGUUUCAAAUGCUUCCAACUCAUCACAGGAGGACUCCUCCACAGCACAAACCACACCAAAUUUAGAUCAACAGCUCAUACUCAUACCUCAAUACCCAGAAGCGUUAUCGUCACAAGGACUUUUCGACAAUUGGCUAUGGAACCUCGACCAGAUCCCGCAGUCUAUUGUGAUGGCCCCGGACUACGAGGCCGUCACCUUCUUCUUCAAAAACUUUAUCACACUUCCACAACAAGCAGAAAGCACAAGAGGGUAUCUUGAAUUUCUCGUUCCGCUAUACAAUCAAGCGUUACCGUCAUCAGUCCUGCAUCUGGCCACAAGUGCUGUCGCCAUGGCUGCUUGCGGUCAGUAUCCUGGUCGGGAAGCUUUGGUGGGCGAGGCUGUCAAGACAUAUGGAAAAGCUAUUCGAAAGCUCAACAGCGACCUCAAGGAUCCUGCGAUGAGCAGGUCGAACGAAACCGUACUUGCCAUUCUGAUGUUCUCGCUAUACGAAACCAUCAUGUCGACUGACGACACAAUCACCGCCUGGGGUAACCACGUCGACGGCGCCGUGGCCCUAACAAAACUCCGCGGCACCGACCAAUUCAACGACCCCAUGUCGCACGCCAUGUUCCGCGCCGUGCGCACCAUGAUGAUAACAUCCUGCGUCCAGCGCUCCAAACCCAUCGACUCGUUCCCCGGCCAAAAAGGCUGGAUAGGUGAAUCCGACAUCGCCGAAGAGAACGCCGCCAAUCGCCUAACACUCAUUUGCAUCGACCUGCCCAACCUGCGCGCCCGCGCCAACAAACUCACGUCCACCCUAUAUGAUCCGACUGAGGAGUUGGAGGCAAGACAGAUCAUCGAAUUUGCGCAGCUGGUCGACGGGAAUCUGGAGGAAUGGUACCGCACGCUCCCACCCGAAUGGAAACACCGCAUCAUCGGCGUCGAAUCCUCCAUACCCUCGGACAUCGCCAACGCCGAGAAUUGGCCUGGCGAGCAGCACGCAUACCACGAUGUGCCGCUCGCAUCCAUCAUGAAUGACUACCGCGUCUGCCGCAUCUUCUGCCGGCGCGUGAUGCUGGCUUGCCUCGAUUGGCUGGGGUAUGGUGGCGUUGUGAAUGCGCAGGAGGAGGAGCAGUAUAAGAGGAGUGUUUAUGUGGUGCAGCAGAUGGUGGAUGAGUUGAGUGCGUGUGUGCCGUUUCAUUUGAAUUAUGAGUUGCAGCCGUUGGCUAAGGAAACAGGGCAGGAGCAGUAUGCGGCUGAAGCAUUCGGCGGCUACUCGCUCGUCUGGCCCCUCUACGUUGCCGCGAAUGCGGACACAGUGCCUCAGCGUCAGCGAGACUGGUUGUUAGGAAGACUGAGUGUCAUCGGUACAAAGUUCGGGCUGAGCAGUGCGCAAGUGCUGGUCCUGGCCAGACGACACGUGCUCACGUGCGGACCUAUGUUCCCGUGA